AUGUCUAGCCUGUAUGCAGGGGUGGGGAUAUCGGCUGGUAUCUACUGUAUGUCUAGCCUGUAUCCAGAGGUGGAGAUAUCGACUGGUAUCUACUGUAUGUCAAGUCUGUAUGCAGGUGUGGAGAUAUCGGCUGGUAUCUACUGUAUGUCUAGUCUGUAUGCAGGGGUGGAGAUAUCUGCUGGUAUCUACUGUAUGUCUAGCCUGUAUCCAGGGGUGGAGAUAUCGGCUGGUAUCUACUGUAUGUCUAGUCUGUAUGCAGGUGUGGGGAUAUCGGCUGGUAUCUACUGUAUGUCUAGCCUGUAUCCAGGGGUGGAGAUAUCGGCUGGUAUCUACUGUAUGUCUAGUCUAUAUGCAGGGGUGGAGAUAUCGGCUGGUAUCUACUGCAUGUCUAGUCAGUAUGCAGGGGUGGAGAUAUCAGCUGGUAUCUACUGUACGUCGAGUCUGUAUGCAGGUGUGGGGAUAUCGGCUGGUAUCUACUGUACGUCUAGCCUGUAUGCAGGGUUGGGGAUUUCGACUGGUAUCUACUGUACGUCCAGCCUGUAUGCAAGGGUGGGGAUAUCGGCUGAAGUCUACUGUACAUCCCGCCUGUAUGCAGGGGUUGGGAUAUCGGCUGAUGUCUACUGUACGUCUAGUCUGUAUUCAGGAGAAUAUCGGCAGGUAUCUCAU